AUGGAUAUUGAGUCCCCACCAGUAUCAGAAAGUGUGAAGAUGCCUGGAAGGCGUAGGAAGGAGUGCAAUGCUGACCAAGUCGACGUCAUCUUCGACAAGUGGUCGGUCGAGCUUCGUCUCAGGGGAUACAGGAACCAAAACUUGAUCUUCGCAGUCAAGAAGCUCUUCGCUGAGAUCGUGCCCUCAGAGUCAAAGUACUUGCUCAAAAACAACUCCCUCUACAUCGUCCUCACCAAGAAAGAGAACAAAUCGUGGUCUCAGAUCGCCUUCAAGGAAGAUAAGUUGGGAAAGAGCGAAAAACCCGAAGAGAAGGAAGACCCAUCGGCCGGCAUCAUGAACAUGAUGAAGAAGAUGUACGAAGAAGGAGACGACAACAUGAAGCGAACCAUCGCUGAAGCCUGGACCAAGGCCAACGACAAGAAGGGAGGAGACAAGCCAGACUUCUCGGACAGGUACGAUUUCCUGAAGAAGUGA